UGCCAAUUGAGUUCAGUCAAGAGUUAGUGAGCGCUGCCGUACACGUCUCUAUAAAACUUGCUGCAGGGCCUGAGCUGCAGUGCAUCUCCUCUGCUGAAGGUCCUCAUUGUACACUGAGCUACUGAAAAUGUCCGGUCGUGGAAAGAAGGUCGCUCCCGUUGCGUCCAAGUCCAGCACGACGCGCUCUACGCGCGCUGGUCUGCAGUUCCCCGUGGCUCGUAUCGCGCGCCUGCUGCGCAAAGGCAACUUCGCUCAGCGCAUCGGAAGCGGCGCCUCCGUCUACCUGGCUGCCGUGAUCGAGUACCUGUGCGCCGAGAUCCUGGAGCUGGCCGGGAACGCCAGCAAGGACAACAAGAAAAAGAGGAUCGGACCCCGGCACAUCCAGCUCGCCGUGAGGAACGACGAGGAGCUCAACACCCUUCUCGGAGGAGUGACCAUCUCGGAGGGCGGUGUUCUUCCCAACAUCCACGCUCAGCUGCUACCCAAGAAGACCAUGAGGGCCGACACAAGCAAAGAUGUGAAUUCCCAAGAGUUUUAGCCGUUUGUAGCUUUAUUUUUAAAUGUUUUAGAAUUAUUUUGUCUUUAAUAAUAAAAAUAACUUUUCCAUA